GGGGGGGGGGGGGGGAGGGUCGGCGAUAUUGGCGAUAUUGUUGUUGCUGUUGAUGAUCUCGGGGAGAAUAUGAACAACCCAUUGUUUUUUAUGUUUUUUUUUUUAUUUCAAUCACUCUUUAAUAAAGUAAUGGUGUUUUCAAACAGCUUUUUGUUGCUCCCUUUUUUAUUGAAAUGUCUUCAGCUGAAAACUGAAAAAAAAUACCAAAGCUAUUGAUCGCCGCGAAGUUUCGAACUUUGUUUUUGGAGAUUUCGGUGAGAAUAUGAUCUACCCAUUUUUUUGUAUUUUAAUUAGUUGUUUGUAUAUCGACCGAACUAAAAGCAGUAAUCAUUACAUAUCCUUUUUACCUCUAGAAAAGCUUUUUCCCGCCUUUAAGAUAACCCCUUUGCUAUUACUGAGGCAGGAAAAUAGGCUAGUAGGAGUACACAUACACUUAAGAUAACAAUAUCUAUGCCAUUUUUGCCUGCAAUUUCCAAAAAGCACGUCAUACGUCGGUAGAUUAUGAUAUGAAGCUAAUUCGUUAGCAGGUCUGGUACACCUUAAGCCUUUAAUUAAGCUAUUAAGUGAGUUAGACCUCUCAAUAUGCUACGAGAGAUCAUAAUAAGUUUUUUUCAUUGCGAGGUAAAUCGAGUAAAAAUCGCUUUGAAUACAAUUAUAUUUUUUUGGAAAAAGGAAUGAAUUCCAUAUGUUUUUAUAGAGAUUAAUCGAAGAGAGCACUGAUGGUUAUACUGUCACUGUGGGAACCAACAGAUUGAACUAUUGUAUUCCCUUUUAUACGGAAUUGCACCCAUCUCAAUUUUCAGUUUGGAGACGUAGUUAAUCCCAAGAUCGAUAAAGUUCAUUGAGUAGGAUUCAAGCAGGAACAAUCUACCCUGAACUACCCGGAUUUAUAGAGGGUUUAAGAAGGAUGGAGACUGGAAAUAGCUCGUCCAACGUAACACAGGGAUCCUGUGGCCACACCGAGUCCGCCGCCAUCACAGCUAUAAAAGUCACGUGUUACGUGACGCUCAUGAUCUUGUCUCUGAUUGGCAACUGCUUGGUGUUGUCAAUCAUCUGCCGCAACCGGCAAAUGCACACCACGACAAACUACUUCAUAGCCAACAUGGCGUGCUCCGAUCUCAUAAUCCCAAUCUUCGUCGCUCCUACGAACAUAAUCGAUAUUCUCUCGGGUACCAAUCGGAUUUGGCUCGUGAAGGGUACGACUGGACUCGUGCUCUGCAAGGUCAUGUACUUCCUUUUAGACGUCUCCACAGCCGUGUCUAUACAGAGCCUAGUCGCCAUGGCGAUAGACCGCUACUAUGCCGUCUCGCAUCCGCUGAAAGCGAACCAGAGUGCGCGGGCUCGCGCGCUCGUGAUACCGCUAACCUGGGUAAUCGCGGCCGCUGUUCACGCCCCUCAUCUCUACACAUUCCGCCUCUACGAGAUAAACAGCCAGUUGUUUUGCUACAGCUCCUGGGAGCCGGCUUUUGAGAACGUGUCCACGACAAAGAGAUACCAGAUGAGCUUGUUCACCUUGCUGUACGUCCUUCCCCUACUCCUCAUCACGGCCCUGUACGCGCGCACGCUACACCUACUGCGCAACCGCAUCAUCCCCGGCGACGUCCUACCAGAACAGCGCAUGCGCGAAGACGCCACCACAAGAGGGAUCCUCAAAAUGACUGUCACCGUCGUGGCAGCCUUUGCGUUGUCAUGGUUACCAGUCCACGUGUUAAUCCUUUUGUUAUUCUACGACUGGGAUUGGUUGAUUCCUUGUCACAUGAGGGGCGCAUGGUUCGCUGCGUUCUUCCUUGGUUACGCGUACAGUGUGCUAAAUCCUUGCGUUUAUUUCCUGUUUAACAAGAACUAUCGUGCGGGUUUCAAGGCCUUGUGGGAGAGCCUGUGUUGUCGAUGGCCGCAGAGGACUGUGAGUAUGGAUGUGGCGGCCGCUGACCACUCACUUGCAGUGAUCAAGGACACCGAGUUGUCCACGAUUGUCCCCGCAGGGGACGGUUUGAAAUUUUCCGAUUUGGCAAAAGUGGAACAACAUGUAUGAACUGCUGUAGAGGCUGUGUAUCACCGCUUGAUGUAACAAAAAACGCCGCUAAAUGUGACACUAACGCUUGAUGUAACAAAAAACGCCGCUAAAUGUGACACUAACGCUUGAUGUAACAAAAAAAAAACGCCGCUAAAUGUAACACUAACGCUUGAUGUAACAACAAAUCAACGCUUAAUGUAAUAAAACAGUUAACGCUUAAUGUAAAAAAAAAUAACGCAUAAUGUAAUAACGGACUUAACACUUAAUGUAAGAACAGUCGACGCUUAAUGUAAUAACCAUAAAUUUAACUAAGGACGAAAAAACUCAUUCUCAUGAUUGAAACAUCGUCGGAAAACCACACUUGGAGAAUGUCAUGUAGGUGGAUGUAUAAACAGUCAUGUCAAGGGUGUAUAAACAGUCAUGUGAGGUGUGCCGUCAUCGAAGUUGUUAAAUCAAAGCGGUGAUACAGUUUUUGUUUGUGCCACUUAUCCUUCACUUUCGUGUUAACAGUUGGGUUGGGGUAUGGGUGGAUAAUAUAUUUAGGAUGGGGCAGGGUGCGCCCUAAAAAUUGGACGGACUGGAAAGCACAAAAGAAAGAAAACCCUCCCACUUAGAUACCAAGCCAAAAAAAACCACCGAGUCAGAGCCAGGACUCGACCCUACACAGAGGUGAGAGGCAAGCACUACGCCACCCGCGCUUCCAAACAGAAUCUGGACGUGUCAGUCUAUUUAUCAUACGUGGAGGGACGUAAUGAGCCGUCUAAUUACAUUCUUUGCUGUUCAUUACGAUAAACAGUCGUAAAGGCUUACAUUAAAGUCUGGGUGGUGUCACAUAAUAUAUGUUAAUAACAUUG